ACACGUACACACGGUACGGCCGGCCGGGGGGAGGAGUAGCAAACACAAGAAGCACGUUUUUCGGGCUGUUGUGAGAUCAGUUAGAGAUGUCCAACAUCAAGGUGUUCAGCGGGAACUCGAAUCCCGACCUCUCUCGAGCCAUCGCCGAGCGGCUGGGGCUGGAACUCAGCAAAGUCUCUCUGAAGAAAUUCUCCAACCAGGAGACGAGUGUGGAGAUAGGAGAGAGUGUGAGAGGAGAAGACGUGUACAUCGUUCAGAGCGGGAGUGGAGAGGUGAAUGAUAACCUCAUGGAGCUGCUCAUCAUGAUCAAUGCCUGCAAGAUUGCCUCGGCUGUCAGGGUUACUGCAGUCAUCCCCUGCUACCCCUACGCCAGACAGGACAAGAAAGACAAGAGCAGAGCUCCCAUCUCAGCCAAGCUAGUGGCCAACAUGCUGUCAGUGGCUGGAGCUGAUCACAUUAUAACUAUGGACCUUCAUGCCUCACAGAUACAGGGAUUCUUUGAUAUACCGGUGGACAAUCUGUAUGCUGAGCCAGCGGUCCUCAAAUGGAUAAAGGAAAACAUUGCAGAGUACGGAGAGGCCGUCAUAGUAUCACCUGACGCAGGCGGGGCUAAAAGAGUGACGUCGAUAGCUGACAGACUCAACUGUGGAUUUGCCCUCAUUCACAAGGCGAGGAAGAAAGCAAACGAAGUAGAGAGUAUGGUGCUGGUGGGAGAUGUCAGCGACAGAACAGCCAUCAUAGUCGACGACAUGGCCGACACAUGUGGCACUCUGGUUCUCGCUGUUGCCAAGUGUAAGGAAGCAGGGGCUACGAAGGUGUACGGGAUAUGCACUCAUGGAAUUCUGUCGGGGCAGGCAAUAAAGAAGAUCAACGAGUCGACCGUUGAGGCCAUGGUGGUGACUAACACCAUUCCUCAGGCCAAGAAGGUGGAGGAGUGCGACAAGAUAAAGAUCAUAGAUGUCAGCAUGAUUCUGGCUGAGGCAAUUAGAAGAACUCACAACUUGUCUGGCAAUGGACUCUACUGUGUCGAGUGUACCCCUCCUCUAACCUUUGACCCUUCCACCCAAUCCUGUUCUCCUUGUCCCUCCGAACUCUUCAUCUACUUGGACACACCCCCUUUACUGUCUGGUUACCCCGGCAACCGUACGUGUGUUCUGUGUCCUCUGGGGACAUGGACUGACCAAUCAGGUUUCAGCUGUGCCGAGUGUGGUCUUGACAACUGUAGCCAGUGCCUGGAGCCACACAACGGACGCUGUUUCUCCUCCCCCCUUCCCUCUACCCCCUCGACCUCCUUCAAUUAUUACAUCCAACAUUUUACCGCCACCGUCGGACUCUGUCGCUAUGGCAACCAGGAAGCGUGUCAACGACUGGUUAAUCUGUGUGUUCUCCAGAAAUACCUCAAGAGUGACCCAGCCUGUGCGGAAGUGCUGCCUUCCUCCUCCCCUCUCCUUCCCCCUCUCUACUACCCCAGCCGUGGGGCCGAUGAGCUCUUGGCCGACGUCUCGUUCAGUGACACUCUCUACACCUCACCUCACUCCCAGGGAGUGAGUCGUCUGCCACUGAUGGUUGCCAUGUUUGCUCUCAACGGAUCAUUCCUCGGUCUCCACGACGUCUCACAGCAACUCCUCGUUUGCAGGGACCUCCCCCCUCGUUACCAAGACGCCUGGAAGGUCGGAGUUCAGUACGAGGUGGACUGCCUAGUGGGCGUGGCUUCCCUGAGCUCCUCCCACCUUACUUUCUUCGACCUCUACUGGCGUGACAGGUCUGACGUGUUACAUCCGGUCCCUGUUCUACCCAGAGACUAUGUGGAGGGUGAGAGUGGGGAGGGUGUGAACAGGGGAGACGAGAGAGGGGCGUGGCAGCUCGUCACCAGGUUCUUCCUCAGCGAGGCUGUCAGCUCCGCCCCUCGUUACGCCCAUUACAUCACUCUUAGACUGAGACUGGACUCUGGUGGGCGUGUCUUCACUCCAUACCUCAUUGUUGACUAUGCAGAAUGGGAACCUGACCCUCAGAGUACCGACUCACUCAAGGCUGGUUUUGCUGUGGACUACUCUCAAGACGUGUCCUCGUUCAACACCACUAUGUCUGUGUUUGCUGUUGUCAUGGCGAUACUGGUGGGCGUGGUCUGUGGACUACGUCUGAAUGGUUUUCUGAGACGAACUGGUGACCUUUGCUGUACCGUCCCAGCCUAUGUGUUCACAGUGGCCGAGUUCUCAGGAUUGAUGUCCUCGUGUCUCUUCCUCCUCCUCUCCCUUUCCUCCACUGUCAUCCUCAUUCUAUACAAGGGACAGACGCUGUUUGUCUACACACUACCCACCGGCUCGCAACUACUGGUGUUCCAAAUAAUGCUCCCCCUCACCUUGCUUGGUCGGCUGAUCAGUGUGGUCCACAUGAUAUGGGGACAAUGUAACAUCGACAUAUUCCUCAUUGACUGGGAGAGACCUAGCACCGCCCGACAACAACCGACCAAUCAGAUUGCAGGACAUCAGCCGCCCGUGGGGGGCGUGGUCAGCAUAUGGAGGACAUACUUUGUCGCCAAUGAGUGGAACGAAUUGCAAACUUUACGUCGCGGACUUCGACCUCUGUCCACUCUCAUUGUGGGCCUGCUCUUUCUUCAGGUGAUUGGACUGAGGCAUUUGGCUGAGAGUGAUCCCACAGGUCAUGUGACCACGUCGUCAUGGCGAUACUCGGCCCCUCACUCCCCUCUCCUCAGAUUUUCCCUCACUUCCCUCGUCUUCACAGCACUCGCUGUUUCCAUGAGGCUGUAUGUGGUUCUGUGCCACGAGAGGUUCGUUGAAGACAAGAUACACCAGUUUAUCGAUCUCUGCUCCGUCAGCAAUGUGAGCGUGUUUAUCAUGUGGCGCCGUUGCUAUGGCUACUACAUCGAGGGUCGUUCGGUGCACGGCCGAGCGGACACAGACAUGAGAGAAAUGAGUGACAACCUUCAGAAGGAACAGGAGGACAUGUGUGGUAGGCGUGGCCUAAUGCUGAACUCUGACCUCCAGACAUUUCAGAUUGCACUGACUCGGCAGUUUCGUAUGCAAUAUGACAGAAUACUGACUCUGCUGAGGACUGAGGUACCCGAGGGGCGGGAUCAAAUAAGGGGCGGAGACAACAUGCCACACCCACCAACUGAAAAAGGCGGUGUCUUGGAAACCCGCAUUGCAGCCUAUGAACAGAUGAACUCCUUUCUCACGGCCUUUAUAAGUCAUAAUCUCCAAGGUACAGACUACACUGUGAGGACCAAAGUAUUUCUGGAGCGACUUUUGGACUUUGAACUCCGAGGGCCCGAGGAUCGCAGUCUGUUUUACGAAGACCCGUCUCCCUCAUUCCCACGGCUUCUCUUCCUCGGGCAGGAGUGGUCGCUAUGGCAACUGGAGCUCCUGGUGUUUGCCUUUGUGGACAUGUUGGCGACAGAUUACGUAACAGCCGCCGUCGUCACUGCAUUUAUCACAGGGGUUGUGUCAGUGAUACGAGAGGUGCUCAGUCGCAGAAACCUUGCCAACAAGACACUUGUAGACAGAAGAUUUCUCAUUUAACCUUUUCCCAACUACAAUCACACCUUAAUACAUAAUAAUAAUACAUAAUUAAUGUGGAUAAAUGGUAGAUAAUAAUAUAGCUGCAAAUUGGUGGAAAAACUUGUGGUUGGUCGUGGUUUCUACAAAGAUUCUUCAUUCACGACACUAUUCUGUCGGUCGUUGUUUACCUGUUCCCUGGCAACGACCUGGUAGGUGUGGCCAUGCCCACUACGGCCGAGCCCACUCUGACAUGCAGACCAACACUGACGACAGUGGAAGAAAUGUCCGCGAACACGGCGGAGGUACACUGCAUACAGGACUGCUCCCAGGGCCACCAUCCCGACAGAGAUGAAGACAAGGAUUGAGAAAUGUUCGGGGCGAGGUGCAACUAUCACCAGAACAUAGUGGAGCAUGUCCAUCACAGAGUUCAUGGCGUUCAUAACUCCGCCCACUGCACCCCUUGUUUCCUCGGCAACCGUCUCCUGGACACGCUGUUGAACGGCGAGGUCAAAGAUCCAAAGUCCGAAACGAGCAAAAAUGAUUCCUGCCAGCAUCAGAACCAGGGGGAGGAGUCUGUUUAGGCGAUUUAGAUCCACCGUUGACCCCGACGAUGUCGUGCAGUUGGGAGAGGGGGUGGGGCUUGUUGUCAGGGUAACACUGUCUGGGCCAGAGCCGGCUUCUCUGAUUGGUCGGAAUAAGUCGCCUGACCCAUCGCCACUGGAAACAGUGGGGGACGGGGAAGGAAUAGGAAGAGUUGGAACAUAAGAAGUGGAAAAGGGAGAGAAAAGGGAGGUAGGUGCAGGGGAAGGAAGAGAAGAGGGGAGGUACGGGGGAGGGGAAGGCAGGAGGCCAUCACAAACAUCAUCUGCAGGACAGUGAGCAGAGAAAUAACCCUCAGCCAUGUUCUCCACUCGCUCGCCUG